AGCUUCCCGGGAAAAUAAACACCAAACAAUCAAAAUGAAGAUGAUCAUCACUUUCCUGGUCGCUGGUCUGGCAGUCGCCACCCAAGGGUCAUACCUACCAACUGCUUGGCCACAAUCCGGCCUAUGGAACUCUUGGAACGGAUGGAACGGCUUAAACGCAUGGGAUAACCACGGUAUCGCUGCUUACCCAUAUGCCAAAUCGUGGUCUGCUGGAUGGCCAGUUGCCGCCUCGCUUCACAACGGAUGGAACGGUUAUGGGUAUGAUGGUGUCGCCAAAUUGAAUUCCUGGGGACUUCCAUGGGCUGGUUAUGGAGCCGGCGCGUACGGAUGGGGCCAUCACGGGCUCGCCAAGACUGUGGUACCGGUGGCGAAGCAGAUCGCCUCUACCCCAGGAUCGCUUCACGUUGCCCCAGUGCCACUUGAUGGAGUGAAAGUGAUUGGUUAUUGAAGAGUGAAGGUUUGAGAAAUAAUGCAGAUCCAAUAAAUAUUA